AUGCUGCGUUCGUCCAUUGCCCGCGCUUCGAGGAGCUCGGCUGCCGUCAUCCCGUCGACCGCGACACGCACACUUCUCCCCAGAGCCGCCCCGGUCGCUUGCCAGGUCCAGCAGACUCGCCAGGCACAUGCCAUCUCCAACCCUACCCUCGCCAAUAUCGAGAAGCGAUGGGAAGACAUGCCCCCCCAGGAGCAGGCCGACUUAUGGAUGACGCUUAGGGACCGCAUGAAGACCGACUGGAAGGAGUUGACUAUUCAGGAAAAGAAGGCUGCAUACUUCAUUGCUUUUGGUCCCCACGGCCCACGCCGACCCCCGCCUCCGGAUGAGGGCCGCAACGUCUUCCUCCUGUCUUCGGCUGUCAUCGCCGGUGCUUUCGCCGUCUUCGCUUUCACGCGCAUGUUCGCCAGCCCCAUUCGACCUCGCACCAUGACCAAGGAGUGGCAGGAGGCUUCCGAGGAAUACUUGAAGGCGCAAGGAUCGGAGCCCAUCACCGGUUACAAGGGAAUGCUGGUCCAGAGCAAGUCCGAGAAGGAAGUGCCAACCAACCAGAAGAUCAACGACGAGUAAAGAAGUCAAUAGAAGAGUCACAGCAACCACUACACCAAUACCGAUACCACGUUUUCUUUGU